UCGCGAGAAGGCAGUGGAAGAAGAUGGCGGGCCUGGGACAGAGUUUGUAACCUUUCUGAGUAGGGUAGUCGAACGUAUUAUUCAGGUUAUGGCGUCAAACUCAACUAAGUCCUUCCUGGCAGAUGCCGGCUAUGGCGAACAGGAACUGGAUGCUAACUCUGCCCUUAUGGAAUUGGACAAAGGUCUAAGAUCUGGCAAGCUGGGAGAACAAUGUGAAGCAGUUGUUCGCUUUCCCAGACUCUUUCAGAAGUAUCCAUUUCCUAUUCUCAUCAACUCUGCAUUCCUAAAGUUAGCAGAUGUUUUCAGAGUUGGAAAUAAUUUCCUGAGGCUGUGUGUUCUUAAAGUUACCCAACAAAGUGAGAAGCAUUUGGAGAAGAUUCUAAAUGUGGAUGAAUUUGUGAAGAGAAUUUUCUCUGUGAUUCAUAGUAAUGAUCCCGUGGCAAGAGCCAUCACACUCCGGAUGUUGGGAAGUCUUGCAUCAAUAAUUCCUGAGAGGAAGAAUGCUCAUCAUAGUAUCCGUCAGAGUCUGGAUUCACAUGAUAACGUCGAAGUUGAAGCUGCUGUUUUUGCUGCUGCAAACUUCUCUGCACAGUCUAAGGACUUUGCUAUAGGAAUCUGUAACAAAAUCAGUGAAAUGAUUCAAGGUUUAGCCACACCCGUUGACUUGAAGCUGAAGUUGAUCCCCAUCCUACAGCACAUGCACCAUGAUGCAAUCCUGGCUUCCAGUGCUCGCCAGCUUUUACAGCAGCUAGUCACAGCCUAUCCUUCCACCAAAAUGGUGAUUGUUUCUCUGCAUACGUUUACUCUGCUUGCAGCUUCAUCUUUGGUUGAUACGCCUAAGCAGAUUCAGCUUCUAUUGCAGUACUUGAAGAGUGAUCCCAGGAAAGCAGUAAAGAGACUUGCUAUUCAAGAUCUGAAAUUACUUGCCAAUAAAACACCUCAUACUUGGAGUAGGGAAGAUAUUCAGGCACUCUGUGAAUGUGCCCUUCAGACUCCUUAUGACACCUUAAAACUCGGCGUGUUGUCCGUCCUUUCCACGCUGUCAGGGACCAUCGCCAUCAAACAGUACUUCAGCCUAGCUCCAGGAAAUCUGAGUUCUUCCCCUAGAUCUUUGGAUUUAGUCAAAUUAGCCCAAGAGUGCUGUUACCACAAUAACAGGGGCAUUGCUGCACAUGGAGUGAGAGUCCUAACCAAUAUAACUGUCUCUUGUCAAGAAAAAGACCUACUGGCACUGGAACAAGAUGCUGUCUUUGGCCUGGAAUCCCUGCUCGUACUUUGUAGUCAAGAUGACAGUCCAGGUGCUCAAGGCACUUUAAAGAUUGCUCUUAAUUGUAUGGUCAAGCUGGCCAAGGGCAGGCCCCACCUCAGCCAGUCAGUGGUUGAGACUUUGUUGGCCCAGUUGCACAGUGCCCAGGACACAGCCCGGAUCCUGAUGUGCCAUUGUCUGGCGGCCAUUGCCAUGCAGCUGCCAGUGCUGGGCGAUGGCAUGCUGGGGGACCUCAUGGAGCUCUACAAAGUGAUUGGACGGUCUGCCACAGACAAACAACAAGAACUUCUGGUGAGUUUGGCUACUGUGAUUUUUGUAGCCAGUCAGAAAGCAUUGUCUGCUGAAGUCAAGGCAGUAAUUAAGCAGCAGCUUGAAAGCGUUUCUAAUGGAUGGACAGUAUACCGGAUUGCUAGACAGGCUUCCAGAAUGGGUAAUCAUGACAUGGCCAGAGAGCUUUAUCAGAGUUUGCUGACUCAGGUAGCCUCAGAACACUUCUACUUCUGGCUGAAUAGUUUGAAGGAGUUCUCACAUGCAGAACAGUGUCUCACUGAGUUGCAAGAAGAGAAUUAUAGUUCAGCACUUUCUUGCAUUGCUGAGUCUUUAAAAUUCUACCACAAAGGAAUUGCUUCCUUAACAGCUGCUAGUACACCACUGAAUCCUCUAAGUUUUCAGUGUGAAUUUGUAAAACUCAGGAUUGAUGUUCUCCAAGCCUUCUCCCAACUUAUCUGUACUUGUAAUAGCCUAAAGACAAGCCCCCCACCUGCAAUUGCCACAACAAUUGCUAUGACCAUAGGAAAUGACCUUCAGAGAUGUGGCCGAAUCUCCAAUCAGAUGAAACAGUCCAUGGAAGAAUUCCGAAGCCUCGCAUCCCACUAUGGGGAUCUUUACCAGGCUUCUUUUGAUGCUGACUCAGCAACUCUGAGGAAUGUAGAACUACAGCAGCAGAGCUGUUUACUGAUAUCUCACGCAGUAGAAGCCUUGAUUUUGGAUCCUGAUUCAGCAAGUUUCCAGGAAUACGGAUCUACCGGCGCAGCGCAUGCCGACAGUGAAUAUGAGAGAAGAAUGAUUUCUGUGUACAAUCAUGUCUUGGAGGAGGUGGAGUCACUCAACCGAAAGUAUACCCCCGUUUCUUACAUGCAUACAGCAUGCCUCUGCAAUGGCAUCAUUGCUUUGCUCAAAGUCCCUCUUUCAUUUCAAAGAUACUUCUUCCAGAAAUUGCAAUCUACCAGCAUUAAGCUGGCUCUGUCCCCAUCACCGCGGAACCCCUCGGAGCCCAUCCCUGUCCAGAACAACCAGCAGCUGGCACUGAAGGUGGAGGGAGUGGUUCAGCAUGGAUCUAAACCGGGACUCUUCCGCAAAAUUCAGUCUGUCUGUCUGAAUGUUUCUUCCACACUACAGAGUAAAUCUGGACAAGACUACAAGGUAAAUGGCUCUGGAAAGCUGGCCAUAUGAUCACUGCUGAUUGAGAUACAAUGCUCCCAGGCAAGUUUCUAUAAUUAAUUACACAACAGAACCAGAGGCACAGAGCCAUCUGAUCAGAUGUUUAAUAAGAUUACCUUCACUGCCUUCUCAAAGCAUGUCUCCUCACAGUGCUUCAUUCAUCCUGAGUUGCAGGAGUGAGACACACCAGCAGGUGUUAAUAGUUUAAUGUCCUUUCUUUGAAGGACAGAGAUGAUGAGAGUGUCUGGCUAAUUAUGUGACUUUCUAUUUUGUCACAUAAAUCUAUGUUUUAUAACAUAACUGUAUGGCCAGUCUGAGUAAGACACGGAUUGCAGUCAGGCCUCGGGUCACCAGUUUCUGGCCUAUGGCCAACUCCUAAUUGCCCUUUCAUGCAGGGCAUUGAACCGAUACAAAUUGCUUCUCUCUUGGCCAUUAAACAGGGACACCGAAUUUCAAAUUUUGGUUGACUCAUCAUAGUAAUUAUAGGUUGGUAUAGGUUCAAGUCCUGGAGUGGGAGACCCAGAAGAGGCUUGGCACGACUGGAGAACCACACACCAGAGUGAUGCAGUUGCCUGCCACCCUUAAGUGGCACGCCACCAUCUUUAAACAACGUAGUGCUAGCUCCACUCUGCUUAAUGGUUCCAAACCUUGCUUCACUGUCAGGUAACUGCCCUCACUUUGAAAAGCUUGAACCAACCUGUGCUUGCAACACAGUCUUCAUCACAGUUGUCUGCACUUGCUGCAUGUGCAGCUCUGCCUCUUCCUGCACUAACUUGAGGCUAAGCGGGAACCGCAUGCAUUUGUUCCCACUCACCAACCCAGUCCCUUUUCAGAGAUCGAAGCCUGGAGACUGCCUGUUUUAAGUGAGUAGUGCACACAUUUAGGUUUGUUUGAGGAAGGGUGGAAUCUAUACAUUACAUAAGUUACUAAUAGUCAAUAAAACUAGCUGGGAGAAGCAGGGAGAGCCUAGCUUUCAUUUAACAUCAUGGUUUUAUUUGGCUCUUUAGUUCUAGACACUUUUAACAUAGGUGGUUCCAUCGCAUUUCUUCAGAAUCUCCACAUUGAAGCAAGAUAGGGACUGAAAUUGGAGACAGGUGAGCUCUGGGCUCGUUUUACUCAAGUAUAGUGAGGAGGUACUAGGCUUAACAGUGAAAGGUAGGGUUCAUUGGCCUGUCUGGGUUCAGAUUCCAGCUGUCGGUUCUCCAUUCACUGUGAGACCUUGGGGAAAUUGACACCUCUGCCUCUGGUUCCUCAUCUGGAAAGCAAGAAUGAUAAGACCUCCUACCUCUUAGUUGUUUCGAGCACUGGGUGAACACUUAAGACUGGCCCUGGCCCCUAGGACCUAAAAACCAGCCUACUGCCAUGACGUCCACUCUGACUCCCAGCAUCUGUCCAGGACAGAGUGGAGCCACACAGUAGGGUUUCCCAGGCUGUAAGUCUUCACAGAAACACAUUGAUUGCCACCGUGGUUUGCAGCCAAGCAUUUAAACGGUGUGUCACCAGGGCUCCUGUAGCCCAUAGUGAGUGCCCAACAUGGAUUAACUUCUGUUGUUACUUAACCAUUCCA